AUGGAAGAAAUGGUCGAAAGGCUGGCCGGCUCCUCAGUUUUUUCUAAACUAGAUCUUCGCAGCGGCUAUCACCAAAUACGAAUCAGGCCGGUGACGAGUGGAAAACAGCUUUUAAAACAAGGGAAGGUCUUUAUGAAUGGAAGCCACAAUCUGGAGGAGCAUUUAAACCAUUUGACUGAAAUCUUGAAGGCACUAAGAGGAAAUAAGUUGUAUUUGAAUACCACAAAAUGUGAAUUUGCUACAGCUAUGGUUUCAUUUUUGGGCUUCAGAAUUUCGGGUGAGGGCAUAAGUGCCGAACCAGCAAAGGUUAAGGCCAUCCGAGAUUGGCCAACGCCUGUGUCAUUCACCGACAUCCGUAGCUUCCACGGGUUGGCUAAUUUUUACCGAAGAUUUAUUAAAGGCUUUAGUAUGUUGAUGGCUCUGAUAACAGAUGUUUUGAAAAUGAAGAAAUUCAUGUGGGGUGAAGAGCAGCAAUUGAGUUUUGAGAAUGUCAAAGAUGCAUUGACCUCUUCCUCCUAUCGCCUAAGUAUUCUUUUUCACAGGAAAGGACUAAAAUGGCUAAACUAUUAA